AUGAAUACCGUUCAACCCGAUAUUUUCUGUACUAUUUUUGAGCAGUUCUGGAUACCCAAUCUCAAGCUGAUCACAGAGCAGGAGAGAGUGGAAGAAGAACCUGAUGUCCCGGAUCUAGGUGAGUCCGUUGGUUAUAAUGUAGCCUUUGUUCAUUUGUACAAUGCAGGGAGAAAAGAAAAGGACACCCUGCCGGAAAUCAAUGACCCAAAGCAAUUUUUGGUGCUAUAUCAAGCAAAUCUUUCUGCCCGUUCCCCAGAAAUGUACCCCCAAGUCAUUAAUGAAUACCUGGAGCCAGUAAAUCGAGCUGCAUUACUCAAACUUUGCAGCUCCUGUAAUGUCACUAUAGUUUGA